AUGCCCUUCGACCCGCUCGACCACCUCGACGCCUCUCUGCAGGACUUCGAGGCGCGCUCGCCGCCGCCCUUCGGUUACCGCUCCGUGUCGACGGCGUUCCGGAGCUCAGACACCGAGAGCGACAUGCACGACUCGGUCGCCUCCGCAGGUGGCUACAGCCCGCCGGCGUGGCGCCGCCUCGGAAACGGGGACCGGUCUAGUGGCUUCUGGCGCAAGGGCGGCGCCGACCACUUCGGCUACGGCUACGGAGGCCUGCCCCCGCAGACCAGGGAGUCGAGUCCCGAGUACGAGAGCGCCGACGAGGGCGACGCCAUCCUCGAGGCGGCGAUGCGCACGAGGUUGCCGACGGGCAGCAUGAGUCCGGAGAAGGAGAGGAGUCCAGAGCCUGACUAUCUGGAUGAGAAGACGGCGAGGAUCAAGAGUGAAGACUUGCCCACUAUAGACGAAAUGAAGGCCACCUUGGCCGCAUUACCACCAAAAGAUGCUUCAGAAAAUUACAUUCGCUUCGCAGUCCGUGCAGAGGUCCAACAACGGACAGAGCCCAUCGAGGCAGCCAUCAACUUCGUCCGCUCCAAGGUUCACGUCGUGACCAAGUCCUGGAGUUCCAUGAUAUUAUCUGCCAUUGUGGCCUUCAUGUCUGUGGCCGCUAUGCGGUCACUCUUCCAGCCAGCCGGCCCGCGACCUGUGCCAGACCUUGUGAAGGUCGCCGGCAUUGCGCGAUCAUUUGAGCCCCUGAUUUACUACUCAGAAAACGGCGUGGCCCAAGUCGGCGACUUGCAAGCGACUGGUGUCGCUGUAUGGGAUCUCGGCGAGAGCGUGCGAUCAAGUAACAUGACGAGCGCACCGAUUAUCGUCAAGGAGCUGGACGAGUUGAGUGACAGCCUAAAGACGCUGGCGAUUGAGCUUACGAAAUUCUUUGCGAACGUGGAUGGCGAUAUCGACGGUAUAUUAAUUGUUAUGGACUGGGCACGUAGGGAGCUCGCUCAGGUCCAACAUCUCUCCUCUCCACCACUUACAUCUGCCUUUGACAACAUCCACAAUAUCCUCAGCACAGCCGGCAUCCUAGAAACACCUACCGGCACCCCAACACGAUUUGGCGCGUUGGCCACAUCCAUCUUCGGCAUGUCCAACCCCCAGCGGACGCGCCUCACCCUACAACGAACCUUCAACGAGUUCCUCGCCGUCCUCGAGGAGGCUAUCGCCUCGGAGCUCCAGCAUUCGCUCGCGCUCUUCGGGCUGUUUGAAGCGAUCGACCACCAGUUCCUCAACCUCGCACGGACGGUGGUGCGCGAGUCCAGCCUGCAGGACGAGCUGCACGCCGACCUGCUCUCGUCGCUGUGGACGCGCAUCCUGGGCGCCAAGGCGUCCGAGGUGCAGAAGUACGAGCGCAACCGGCUCCUGCUGCAAAACGUGCGCGAGAAGACGGUCCGCAACAAGGGCAUCCUCGUCGAGCACAACCACCGCCUGCUGGCGCUCAAGUCGAGCCUCGAGAACCUGCGCCGCAAGCUCGUCUCGCCCCUCGUCCGCAGCGUCAACAGCUCCACCCUCACCGUCGACGAGCAGAUCCGCGGCCUCGAGGACGUCGGCGUCUACCUCGAGGGCGUGCGCACCCGCCAGAAGGGCAAGCUCAUGGAGAUGCUGUACGGCAGCGCCGGCGUGCGCGACCACCAGCAGAGAUACAUUGACGACGCGAGGUGA